AUGCCCAAAGGGAGAAGAAACAAAAGGUAUGUCAAGAAGGGCCAUGGGUACAUCCAGCCUAAAUGCACUAGCUGUGCUUGCUGCUUCCCCAAAAAGAAGAUAUCUGAAGCCUCCAUCUGUGAUUGGUAUGUGCUGUCCAAGCUGUGCUUGAAGCUGCACUAUGUCCUCAGCUGAGCCAUUUGCAGUGGAGUGAUGAGGAAUCCCUCCUGGGAGACCUUGGAAGGACAGUGUUUCCCUGGCCAGGUUUGGACCUGCUGGUCCCGAGCCAACCUCCUUUCAUGUAAGUCCAUGUAA